AUGGACCCGAUCCAGGCGUUGUGUACGGCACUGGCGCAGGCGACUGGAGGCUUGUACCAUGUGGACCUACAGGCGCCGGAUGGCGUGGAUAAACUGGCAGAAGUAGUCGAGCUCGUGUUUAGCAAGCGCAUCGUUUCGGCGGAAGCGCGCGAUUCUCUCGCGGUGCACGCGCCGGCAGCGAUCAUGCUCCUGCUCGCCGAGCCGAGCGGGCGGUACGCCAAGCUCGGCGCAGAGUGCUUUGCAAGCAUCUACCCCAAGGUCUUUGCGCAUGUAUGCAGCGACAAGAGCAAGGGCGCCCAGCAGCUCUGGCAGCUCGUCGCCUCCAUCAAGCAGCGCAUCGAGGCGCUGAUCGAUAGCGGGAAGCAGGGCGCACGUAUCGGUGCGGUCAAGGCUGUGCAGCGCAUCAUCCUCGUCCAGACGCGCGCGAAUGCGGACCCAAGACUCCAAAACCGCGAAGUGAGCCUGGGAAUGGUGCCGCCGGGCCACCCGGCGCUGCGCGCGCAGGACCUUGAGGGCGAGGCGAAUCAGCUCUUUACGAAACUCAUCACCCUCCUCUUUACUGCGGCCGUGCCCAACGUCGUGAUGGCCGUGGUGAAUGUCCUGACGCGCCUCGCACGCGCGCGGCCGGCGCUCGGCAAGGUCGUGAUCGAGGCGUACGUGAGCUGGACACCCGCCGCCCUCGCUUCGUCCGCACAUGUGAACGUGCGCAGUGUAGAAAAUACGGUUCGGCUUGCUAUGGUCCAUUUCUUGCAUCACGGGUCCACAGAGCCGCACGCGUCGCAGCUGUCGCAGGCGCUCGAGGCACAGCGCCGGCGCAUGGACGCUGCUUUGCGCGCAUUCGGUGCGAACCGCGACGCACGGAAGCGCGAGCUCCGCGACGACGGCACCGUCUCGAAACGCGCACGCUCGGGCACGCCGUCGGACCCGCGGCGCAGCGAGCCGCAGGGCCCGUCGAUCGCGGAUAUCGCGCGCCUGCCGGUCGACCGCGUGGUCGACGCGAUCAUCGUGGGGCUGCAGAGCGUGCCGGAAGCGCGCCUCAAGGCCGCGAUCCAGGCGUUUGUCGAGAGCGACGCACAGCGCGAGCCGGUCGACCCGCUCAAGAUGGACGUCGGCGACGACGACCUCGCUCGCAUCGCACCCACGCAGGAGGCGCCAAAGGAAGAGGAGGAGGCCACCGCGCCGCUGCAGAGCCUCGAGCACUUUGAGCUCCCCGCCCCGGCGCCGCUCGAACAGCGCGAAGCGCAUGCUUUGAUCGUCGACUCGGUCUCGCGCAUCUGCGAACACGGCUCGCAGCUUGCCAAGAGCGGCACGGCGCGCAUCUCGGAAGGGCACGCGACGCUGUGGAUCAUGCUCAUCACGCGCCUCGCCACGCGGGGUCUCGACACGUCGACGCACCAAGGCACGCCGCUCGCCGCGUCGCCCGCGCUCGCCGAGCAGGCGCACAAGGUGCGCACGCUCCUGCUCGACUUUAUCUCGCGCGACUUUAGCCAGCGCCGCCCGAUUGCCCAGCAGUGGCUCGCCGAGGAGUGGACGUGCGACCGGGCGCGCCGCAAGGCGGGCCUGGACGGCGAAUACUAUAGCGAAUGGCUCGACAAGGUGCUCGAGGCGCAGGUGCGUGCGCACGCCGACGAGGCGGCGCUGCACCCCUUCCUCGAGGAGCUGCCGGAGCUGCCGGACGCGGUGCUCGACCGCCUCUACGCCCUGUGCCUCGACAAGGCGACGCUCAACGAGGGCUUUGCGCUCCUGCGCGACAUUAGUGCAGCGCGCCCGCCGCUGCGUGUUGCGGUCUGCGACAAGGUCCUGCAGCUCACGCGGCACCACGAGCGCCUGGUGCGCGGCAAGGCGAUCGUCACCGCCCGCACCUGGGUCCUGCAAAAAGGCCCGCUGACCGAGCGCGUGCUCGACUUUGCGAAAAACUCGCUGCAGCUGCUCAAGCAGGCCGGCAUGCAGCAGCUCGACGAGGCCGCCGAGCCCGACACGGAAAACGGCGCAGAGGCCGCACCGACGGUCGACCGCGAAUCCGCGCCGACGGUCGACGGGACCGGCCCCGAGAGCGGCGCGCCGACCGACGAGUCGACCGACCAGGACGUGCUGCGCCUGAUGGAGCUUGCGCUCGUACUGAGUGUCAAGCAGCCCACCAUCUUUACCGAGGUGGUCGAGAUAUACCCCAACGUCACGCCGGCCGUGCAGGCGGCGAUGAACAAGCACGUCACGCCCGUCGCGCGCGCCGUCGGGCCGAACAACACGGCGCUGCUGGACGUGCUGCACGACGCGCCGCGGGGUGCCGACCCUCUUGUGCACGCCGUGAUCCGUAUCCUAAUGGAAAAAGGGCACACGCGCUCGCUCGCGGCGCUCGUGCAGUACCUGUGCGAGGAGCGCGAUCUGCCGAUCGAGCUCCUGCUUCCCCUCCUCCCCCAACUCGAAAAAGAGGACGCGCUGCGCGUCCUGCCCCGUAUCGUCGGCCUGCUGCGCGAGCCGAGCGACGAGCACAAGGCCGAGAUCAGCAGCCUGUUCCGCACGCUCGUCGCGCCGCCGCCGCCGGCCACAGCGAGCCUCUCGCCGGUGGAGCUGAUGGUGAUGCUGCAUGUGCGCGAGCACGACAUCGGCGUCAAGGCCGCGCUCGUCGCGACGCAGCUGUGCUUUGCGAUGAAGGACGUGUUCCGCAGCGAGGUGCUCACCGCCGUGCUCAACCGCCUCGUCGACGAGGACAAGCUCCCUGUGCUCUUUAUGCGCACUGCGAUCGUGGCCAUCAAGUCCUUCCGUUCGCUCGCGAGCUACGUGAGCACGAGCCUCCUCUCGCGCCUCGUCACCAAGAAGAUCUGGACGGAGCCGCGCCUGUGGGACGGCUUUGCGCUCUGUGCGAGCCUCACCGCGCCGACGUCCUUUGGCGCACUGCUGCAGCUGCCGCGCGAGCAGCUCCAGCAGCUUGUGCUGGAAAAGCAGCCGACGAUCCGCGAGCCUCUGCGCGACUAUCUCAUCUACAAAGCCGGCGGCCCGGCGCGGCACGCUGCACUCCUCGAGAUGCUCGAGCAGGCACCUGCGAAAUAG